AUGGAGUUUCUUGUCGCCGAUGCGGAGAGAAUGUUUACCACAAACGGUAAGCUGCAACAUCUCUCUUACUGGUCGUACAAGAUACUGACACGUAGCUUCUUGGAGAGCUACCAGAAUCCCCCCUUUUUCCCAUCUGAAACCACGCCGGAGAACUACAUCAGGGCUUCGAGCUAUGUAGACUUCUGCACGUGGCACAGGUACUCAGAUUUUGAGUGGCUUGCGGCGCAGAUUGAGGUGGAGUUUCCCGGAAUUCUAUUUCCCCCGAUUCCGUUAAAAGAGGCAGAUGGUACAAUGGACAAGUUUUCAGACUUGCUCAACAGCGCAAAGGAUAGUGACGCGAUGAGCAAUGAGCAUCCGCUGGUGCGGAAACGCAUGCGACAACUGCAGCUGACGCUCAAUGUUGUUUCACAGCUGCACGAAAUUCAUGAAUCCCAGAUAUUGAAAGCCUUCGUGACUUUGGAUGAGCGGGGCUGGUUCGCAUUCCGUGCGGAGCAGCGAGCAAAGAAGAAGACAUCGCUUUUUUCAGCCGUCAGGGAAAAGGGCCUCAGUUUGUUUUCCAAGUUGAAAUCACUCAGGGAUUCAGACGACUCAGAGAACUUUGUGUCCUCCCCGCUCGGCACCAUAGCCGCACAACAGAAGGAUCUUGCGGCUUUCUUGAAUACCUGCUAUGUUGAGGUGGGAAAUUUGGCUAAACACACCACUUCCGAGCUACGCCAAUGGAGCGAUGUGGAUGCGCUAUGCAAGAGCACGCAAGGGGCUCCGCUGCCGUGGACGGCUUGCUAUAGCGGCCACUUGGUGCAAUAUGCAAAGCAAAAGGAACUUGAGGGUGUGGUGCGGCGCGUCGAUGAUAAGUAUGCCUGGGUGGAAUGGAAUGGGCAGGACGACAAGUUGAGUAAGGUGCGACUGGACGAGCUCAACUACCCUUCAUCGGGGGUGAGUGAUCCGGCGAUGUUUGCCCUCCAAGAACUCACGACGCAGAUUGAUUCGUACUGCAUGUACUUGAGCCGCGUACCUUCUGUCACUGCGCUUAAGGAUAUUGAAGACACAAUUUGGUUCUUGUCCAAGUAUGCCAGUCGCUGCUGUGACGUCAUUGCGCGGCUGAAGGAGCUGGGAUCGCAGGUCCAUUCUCUAAAACUGACGACGGAGAAGAAGCCGAACUCUGAGCAGAAGGAGCGGCUUGAGCAGCUCCAGGAGGAGCUGAACAGUGCGUCGGCGCGGUUGGUUAAUGUAUACAACACAUUCUAUCGACCGUACCUGAGGGAGUCCCUCUUGGGCGUGGCGCGAAAAUUGAUCGAGACAUCGGUGGCGCUUAUAGCCAAUGCUGAGUGGGAGAAGCGCCUGUCGCGGGCAAAUGCCAUGCUGACGCCUCGCUUUGAAAACCCCCCUUCCGACGAGGACACCGAAAAUACGCUGACAUGUGGCGCAUCCGAGCAGGUGGCUCCGUCAGCCGCACACACAGACGCAGAAGGGGGCGGCACCCGCCAGUUCACUCCGCGCACGGAGCUCCACCCGUGA